AAGUAUUGAAGUGAAGACUUGAAGUGGCUUCUAUUGUAACACCAAAGCAGCGUGAGCAAAGGAAUGGAUAAGUAAACUGAUAACACAAAGUGUAGAAAGCGCGGAGCAGAGUGAACUGAAUUCAAUGGCGCCAAUUUCACUGCCUCUGAAUUUGAACUUCAAGAUCACCGCAACCGCCACCGCCACCAAACUCCCAGACCUACCGGAGAAGAUCCGCAACUCAAGAGUCCUGGUCCUCGGCGGAACUGGCCGCGUCGGAGGUUCCACCGCCACAGCGCUCUCCAACCUCUGCCCUAGCCUUCAAAUCCUCGUCGCCGGUCGAAACAGAGAGAAAGGCGAGGCUCUGGUUGCGAAACUCGGCGGCAAUUCUGGUUUCGCUCGUGUCGACAUCAACGACGCCAAUUCACUGGAAACCGCAUUGAAAGAUGUGGAUCUUGUAGUUCAUGCCGCUGGUCCUUUCCAACAGGCAGAAAGGUGUACCGUGCUUGAAGCUGCCAUAAAUACAAAGACUGCAUAUCUUGAUGUUUGUGAUGACACAACCUAUGCGUCGCGUGCAAAAUCCUUUAUGGAUCAAGCGUUAGCUGCAAAUGUUCCAGCUAUAACAACCGGAGGAAUAUACCCUGGCGUGAGCAAUGUCAUGGCAGCAGAGCUAAUCCGUGCUGCAGAAAGUGAAAGUCAAGAUAAGCCAGAGAGGCUAAGGUUCUACUACUACACAGCUGGAACUGGAGGUGCCGGCCCAACCAUAUUAGCUACAAGCUUCUUACUGUUGGGAGAGGAAGUAGUUGCAUAUAACAAAGGAGAAAAGAUCAAACUGAAGCCGUAUAGUGGAAUGCUCAAUGUUGACUUUGGAAAAGGGAUCGGCAAAAGAGAUGUUUAUCUAUUGAAUUUACCAGAGGUUAGAAGUGCUCAUGAGAUUCUAGGAGUGCCGUCUGUUAGUGCUCGGUUUGGAACAGCACCAUUUUUCUGGAAUUGGGGAAUGGAAGUUAUGACAAAACUUCUUCCAUCGGAAUUUCUCAGAGACAGAAAUAAAGUUGGACGGAUGGUUGAGUUGUUUGAUCCUGUUGUUCGAGCAGUUGAUGGUAUUGCUGGAGAACGUGUAUCAAUGAGGGUUGAUUUGGAAUGUUCAAGCGGACGCAAUACAAUUGGCAUUUACAGUCAUAGGAGAUUAUCGGUAUCUGUAGGAAUUGCUACAGCAGCAUUCGCACUUGCAAUUCUUGAAGGAAACACGCAGCCUGGGGUUUGGUUUCCUGAAGAGCCUCAAGGACUUUCAAUCGAAGCAAGAGGAGUUCUUCUUGAGCGUGCUAGCCAGGGAGCGUUUAACUUUGUAAUGAACAGGCCACCAUGGAUGGUUGAAACAAAUGCAAAGGAGCUUGGAUUAGGAAUUUAUUUAUAAGUCUUCCCAUACCCAGCGAAAGUGAAAUACUUCCUAUUGUAGUGCAAGGCUUUAAAUGUAUAUAGCUCUUGAGAGAUCAUUCCCUUCUAUACUUGUAUGGGAUUAGUCUAUGAGACGUCAAGCAGCGCAAAGGACAUUAGCUAUGCAUAUUCAUAGCAUUUUUUUCCUACAGAAUUCCUACAGAAUUUUAUAACAUGUUUAGAUCAGGUCAUUUUUCCUCGGAAUCAAUUCUAGUACCCAACAUCUACGGAUCAAGAUCUUCUCAAGUAGAGACUCUCAAGUUUCCUCAAGUUGAAAUUUUGUGUAUCUCUCUUUACAUGUAUCGUGAGGAGGAUCUUGUUAAUGCCUAUUUUAUUUCCAAAGUUUCCUUAUUUUCUUUACAAAAACAA